AUGGAGCCUUUGCUCAUCACGCCUGUCCCUGGAUUCCACGCGACCUCCACCGCUUGCGGUCGGUUUAAUAAGGCACGUUCUUCGAUGAGGUCCGUUGUGGAGCGCUGCAUUGGGCUGUUGAAAAGCAGAUUCCGCUGUCUGCAAAGGCACCGGACUCUGUAUUAUCCUCCAACAACAGCCACCGUCAUUAUAUCGGCGUGUGCAGUGCUCCACAAUAUCUGCCUCUCAUCAGAGGAGCCAGAACCGGAGCCAGACUCUGACCCUGACGAGCCAGGGUUGGAGUCUGGGCCGAGCUCGGACGGUUCUGAGUCGAGCUCGGAGGGGUCAGCGGCGGAUGACGAGAGGCUGGCUCCUGCCCACCAUCUGGUCAGCCUCUCGGACAGGGGGAGGGCUCUGAGGCAGCGCCUUGUUGCCCAGUUCCAAACCCACCACAGCCGUGCCUCCCCGGAGCCCCACGCAAGCCAUAGUGGCAGUCCCGCCCACCAGGGACACCACCAGCGCCAAGGAGUCCGUCAUUUCAACGGAGGUUCCGCCCAUCAGGGACACCAUCAGCGACAGGGAGCCCCUCAUCGUCCUCGCCACGGUGGCAUUGCCGCACACCACGGACGCCACCGGCGGCAGCGAACCCCUCGUCGUCCUCACCUCGACUGA